CAUUAACGACUUUCCAUCGGGACUCUCCGCCAGAUGAACUCCAUGAGUCCCGACGCGUUCAUCUAACGUUAGCGAGUGUCCUGUCAACAAACCGGCUAGUUCGACCACUCCAACUAACAACCGUUAAAAACCCGGCUCGACCACCCACAACUACGAGAUUGUGUGUGCGCGCGUUUGUGAUGAUCCUAACAGGGACGGUUACCGCUGAAAUGGUGCUACCCGACAGACGAGGGAGAUCGGUGUAAAAUCGCCCACAUGUACUGGAUCAAUCGCUUGCUGGUAGCUGAUCGGAAUCCGAAGCGGGAAGAAGAAGACGUGAGUUGUAAAUCCUCGCAGGCUGGAAGAUGGCGGAGCAGCACCAUAGCUGGAGGAGGUGGUGGUGUUGAGGGACAAACUUCCAAACGCUUGAGAUUUAUUUCCAAACAGCGCGAUCUGGCCUUCAGGACACAUGCAGGCCAAAAAACGAUAUCUGAUCUCGCUCUUGACUGGCGCCUUUCUAGUUCUGCUCAUUUACUUGGGAGGAGGAGGGGUCCCGGGUCCCGCGGCCCCGGGCUCCAGGAGCCGGACACAUGGAUACAACCGGCCCGAUCAGCCGUGGCCACACUUCUCGGACCCCUUACUACACUUCAGCCCGUGGGACCACUCGGACACGGAGGACUAUAACGUGCACAUAUCGCCCAGGCAGAAGAGAGAUGUGAACUCCAGCGUGUAUAAGGGUAAGCGGUGCCGCAUGCAAUCCUGCUUUGAUUUCUCGCUCUGCCAACGGAACGGCUUCAAAGUCUACGUGUAUCCGCAGCAGAAGGGGGAGAAGAUAUCGGAAAGUUACCAGAACAUCUUAUCCACCAUCGAGGGCUCUAGAUUUUACACCUCUGACCCUGGUCAGGCGUGCGUGUUUGUGCUGAGCUUGGACACUCUCGACCGAGACCAGUUGUCUCCGCAGUAUGUGCACAAUCUCAAAACUAAAGUGCAGAGCUUGGCUCUGUGGAACAACGGUAGGAAUCACCUCAUAUUUAAUUUGUAUUCUGGCACAUGGCCUGAUUACACGGAAGAUUUGGGCUUUGACAUUGGUCAGGCCAUGCUGGCCAAAGCUAGCAUCAGCACCGAGAACUUCAGACCCAACUUUGACAUCUCCAUCCCCUUGUUCUCCAAGGAGCACCCGAGGACCGGCGGGGACAGGGGCUACUUGAAAUACAACACCAUUCCACCUUUUAGAAAGUAUAUGUUGGUAUUUAAGGGCAAGCGCUAUUUGACAGGCAUCGGCUCGGACACGAGGAAUGCUUUAUAUCACGUUCAUAACGCGGAGGAUGUAGUGCUGCUCACCACCUGCAAACAUGGCAAAGACUGGCAGAAACACAAGGACGCGCGCUGUGACAAGGACAACGCAGAGUAUGACAAGUACGACUACCGUGAAAUGCUGCACAACUCUACCUUCUGUCUGGUUCCUCGAGGACGACGCCUGGGAUCCUUCCGCUUCCUGGAGGCUCUUCAGGCGGCCUGUGUGCCGGUGAUGCUGAGUAACGGUUGGGAGCUCCCCUUCUCGGAGGUCAUCGACUGGAACACUGCUGCUGUGAUCGGGGACGAGAGGCUCCUGCUGCAGAUCCCGUCCACUGUUCGCUCCAUCCAUCAGGACAAGAUCCUGGCUCUCCGACAGCAGACGCAGUUCCUCUGGGAGGCCUAUUUCUCUUCAGUGGAGAAGAUCGUGCUCACCACUCUAGAAAUCAUCCAGGACCGGGUGCUCCAGCAGAGCUCCAGAAGCAGUGUGAUGUGGAACAGUCACCCCGGUGGACUCUUCUCUCUGCCGCAGUACUCCUCAUAUCUGGGAGACUUUCCUUUCUUCUACGCCAAACUCGGCAUCAAGCCGAGUCCCAAGUUCACUGCAGUUAUCCAUGCAGUGACGCCGCUGGUUUCUCAAUCUCAGCCCAUUCUCAAGCUCAUCGUCUCAGUGGCCAGAUCACAGUACUGCGCUCAGAUUAUUGUGUUGUGGAACUGUGACAAGCCUUUACCUGCCAAACAGCGCUGGCCGGCCACUGCAGUGCCCAUUAUAGUGAUUGAAGGAGAAAACAAGGUGAUGAGCAGCCGUUUUCAGCCGUAUGAAAGCCUCAUCAGUGAUGCGGUGUUGAGUCUGGAUGAAGACACUGUGUUGUCCACCACUGAGGUGGACUUUGCCUUCACGGUGUGGCAGAGUUUCCCGGAGAGGAUUGUGGGAUAUCCUGCCCGCAGUCAUUUCUGGGACAAUAAUAAGGAGCGCUGGGGUUACACUUCCAAAUGGACCAACGACUAUUCAAUGGUUCUCACCGGAGCUGCCAUUUACCACAGAUAUUACCACUUCCUGUACACCCACUUCCUGCCAAGCAGCCUGAAGAGUAUGGUGGACCAGCUGGCCAACUGUGAGGAUAUCCUGAUGAACUUCCUGGUGUCUGCGGUCACUAAACUGCCACCGGUCAAAGUCACGCAGAAGAAGCAGUACAAGGAGACCAUGAUGGGUCAGUCGUCUCGAGCCUCGCGCUGGGCCGAUCCGGACCACUUCGCCCAGCGGCAGACCUGCAUGAACAAGUUCGCCAGCUGGUUUGGCGGCAUGCCCCUGGUGCACUCCCAAAUGAGACUGGACCCCGUUCUGUUCAAGGACCAGGUCUCCAUCCUGCGCAAGAAAUACAGGGAGAUCGAGCGGCUCUGACCAGACUGGCGCCCCCUGCUGGACGUUCAACAGGGGGCCGUAAGAGACUCUGAAAGGAGAACUGGAGCCCGAGAGCUUUCCUUCAGCACAUACGCGAAACACACACACAUCUGACGGACACCUCUGGAGGGAAGAUUUGGUUUUGGGGACGCCACAGAUGAUCUUUCCCAGCACACGAGCGACAGGAGGGACGCAUCAUUGUGUUUAGCACUUCAUAUCCAUCCACAUCCAUUCAUACGCGUGUUAUCAAAAGUGCCCACUGUGAACCAAGCAAAACUCUUAAAGGGACAGUUCACCCACAAA